AUGGGUUUGGACUUCAUAUAUGCGCUGCUCUCCUACCAGGAGAUCCCGCCGCAGCUACCCACUCGAUCCUGCUGUGAUGGCUUGCUGUUCGUGGUCGACAUCUGGCCGGAAGGCUUCGGCAAGGGCGGCGUCUGCUGCCUGUGCGAAUACGUCGUGGCCAAACACCCCGAUUUCGAUCUCGCCGGCGCGUACCUGGCGUGCUGCGGGAAGGACGUGGAUGCCGUCAAGAUAUCCAUGCGGGCUCGGCGCGCCGCCGCCACCCCCACCUCAUUCUCCUUCUCCACCCGGCGGCGGCACAACGAAGUGGAAGCAGCAGACAGGGCCAGGCGCAGGGGCCAUCGUCGCAUCGUCCUUGGCGCUCUAGCCGGAGGCGCGCUACUCGGAUGGUGCAUCUACUACUUCUUCUUCAGCGCGGCAGCUAAGGAGCACAGGUCUCCUGAUCCCAGCAACAGAGGCGCGGCCUCCGACGCAAGCCAGCAAGGUCAGCACGACCACGGCAUGAGCCGGUAG